ACGCAGCAGACGUAAAUUUUCGGCUCAAUGUCACAACUAACCGUAGUUAACGUGGAAAAAAACGACAAAAAUUGAGUUUUAUCAACGCCGAUAAAACAGUUUUGACAUCUGUUUAACUGUAAAUUGAAUUUUUCAACAUUGAAUUGAAAAAAAAAGUCUUGUGAUACGCAAAUCAAUCGAUAAAUUGAUGAUUUUGUAUUUGCCGAGAGAAUUAUUUAAUGAUCAAAUAAUUGACGAAGAAGAAGUAAAUAACAAAAAAAAAGUGAAGAGAAAUAUAAAUCGAUAAAUGAAAGAAAUUAUGCUCUUGAGCACAUACGCGACCACUCAACAAGUCACAUCAUUAAGACAACAAGAGUAAAUAACGGUCGGUAGUGGCGUGGAAAAAAGUCAAGUGCCAAGUAUUUAGAACAAAGUUUCUUGCUACGAGGGCGAGAAAUGUAUCAUGCAAAAAUAAAUUGCAAUUAUUAUUAAAAAAAAAACAGGCAGAAAAAUAGUUGAUUAAAGUUUGAAAGGAGGGUGCAACAUGAAUUUGCGCCACCUGGUACGCAGACGGAAUAUAUGCGGUGCAAUCCUGCUAAUUUGUGGAUAUUACGUCAUCACGAAUAUUCAUGAGGCGUCGCAAGAUGUAGCGCAGAACCGUGAGAAAAUACACAUGAUUGAAGAAUCGAUUAGAUCGUUAGCGAAUCAAGGGCCAUGCAAAUUGCCACAAUUGGAGUUAAAUCCACCCGAGUUGAUGGGAUUUUACAAGGACGAAGAUCCGAUAAUUUGCAAUCCGGAGGACAGUGAUUGGGUUGAAUGUAGUAAAACCAUGUGUUACAUCAAACAACCCGUGAUCCACAAAGAAGGCUCCAUCACCUGCGACUUUUACGACAUCCUUCGUGUAGACGACUUCAAAUACCGCUUUAGCGAUGCGACUCGCAGUCAAACUUCCUACCAACUAAAAAACUCGGAUUUCGUCAAAGCCAAAUGCUGGUCAUCGAACGGCAACAAAUGGGAAGGCAAAUUAUUCGGAAUCCGCGAAGGAGUCGCUCCAAGUCGCAAAUUAUGGAGUGUCGAGCCACGUUUCAACGUCUUAAUGUUCGGCUUUGAUUCCUUGAGUCGUCUCGCUUUCAUGCGAAAAUUGCCCAAAACCUACGAAUUUUUGACGGAAGAACUUGGGGGACUCGUUCUCGAGGGCUACAACAUAGUCGGCGAUGGCACCCCACAAGCUUUGAUUCCAAUUCUCACGGGAUUUACGGAGUUAGAGUUGCCGGAAACGCGUCGCCGCAAGAAAAAUUCCGAAUAUGUGAAUGUUUAUCCGUUCAUUUGGAAGGAAUAUCAGGAGUACGGUUACGUGACGUCAUUCAAUGAGGAUGUUCCGAGUGUCGGGACCUUUUCGUAUCGCUUAAAUGGCUUUUUGGAGCAACCCACGGACCAUUACGAGAGACUUUAUUACUUGGCAAUCAACGACGAGCUGCGUUCCCAUAAGAGACUUUGUGUGGGAAGCAAGCCGCGACAUCGUGUGAUGCUCGAUUACACGAAACAAUUCAUGCAAAAGUACUCCGAGACACCCAGAUUCGUUUUUAGCUUCCACGGCGAACUUUCGCAUGACUCCAUAAACCUCGUGGGCCUCGCAGAUGACGAUUCGCGACAAUUUCUGCGAGAACUUCGGGAUUCCGGCGUCCUUGACGACACAAUUUUAAUUUUCAUGGCGGAUCACGGAAACCGAUUUGCGGAUAUUCGAAACACUUUGCAAGGCAAACAAGAGGAAAGACUGCCGUUCUUCAGUUUUGUCUUCCCCGACAAGUUCAAGGAGCUCUACAAGGACGAAUUUAGCAAUUUCAAGGCGAACGUGAAGCGUCUCGUGACUCCGUUUGACAUUCAUGCGACCUUGCAGGACAUUCUUCGGCUGGAAACGAAGAAACCCAUCCAGAAACCCUUUGAAUCGCGGGCAAUUUCACUUUUUAAGAAAAUCCCGCAUGACCGAUCAUGCGCCGAUGCCUACAUCGAGCCUCAUUGGUGCGCUUGUCUCAAUUGGCGCCAAAUCGAUACCUCCGAAGAAGACGUGCUGCGAGCCUCGAACGCAAUUAUUGAGCGAAUGAACAAUUUUACGCACAGUUUUCGCUCACUUUGUGCCAUUCUCGAGCUGGCGGAAGUAAAAUGGGCUUCAAAGCUUGAACCGCACACGAAUCUCAUUAAAUACAAGAAAAAUGCGGAUGCGGAUGGCUUUUUGGGGGAUUUUAGUUCCGAUACGAAGGUCGCCAAUGAGAUGUAUCAAGUGAAAAUUGUUACGCGACAAGGCGGCGGCAUCUUCGAGGGCAGCGUCGUGCAUAAUUUGCAGAAAAAUGCGUUCGAAGUGAAAAUUAGUGACAUUUCGCGCAUCAACAAGUACAACGAUCAGGCGCAGUGCAUCAUGGAUUUGAAUCCGGAAUUGAGGAAAUUUUGCUACUGUAAAUAAAUCCGAGAGGCUCCAAACGUAGAAAUAAGUCAAAGUCUAGUCCGCGCGUGUAAAUACGUUCCUUUUAUGUUGUAAGACAAAAUGCUUAGUGCGCUCUGAGAGAGCUCGAUGUUCUUUAGCCAAAUUUUGUGUGUAGUUAACUCGAUUUUUAGCGAUAAGAAUUUAGAUUUUUUAACGUAAAAUGCUUAAAGCUAUAAAGAAAUAGCAAUUUUUUUUUUAGAAAAAAAAAUAUUUCAAAACAAGCCAAAAUUUAUAAGAGAUAAGUU